CCAGCCGCGAGUGACGCCAGACUGGAAGAUCCGUUCCCAUGGCUGCCUUCCAGGGGAGCCAAGGGUAGCGAGGCGGUCGCUUCUCGCUCUUUCGACUGGCUCAUCCAGCCCAUCGGGCAGGAGCGCUUCUUCAGGGAGCUGUGGGAGCAGAAGCCCCUGCUUGUGAAGCGGCAUCAGCCGGGCUUCUACGGGGACCUGAUGAGCUGCCAGCAGUUGGACCGCAUCCUCAGGGAGAGGCAGCUGUACUUCACGGAGAACGUGGACCUGACGACGUACCGCGGCGGCGUGCGAGAGACGCACAACCCGCCGGGACGCGCCCACGCCGCCGUGGUGUGGGACUCUUUCCAGCAGGGCUGCUCGGUGCGCCUGCUCAACCCCCAGACCUACAGCCGCCAGUUGUGGAGGCUCUGUGCCACCCUGCAGGAGUUCUUCGGCAGCAUGGUCGGGGCCAACCUGUACCUGACACCGGCGGGUUCCCAGGGGUUUGCCCCCCACUACGACGACAUCGAGGCCUUUGUGCUGCAGCUGGAAGGACAGAAGCUCUGGCGGGUGUACGCUCCCAGGGACCCCAGUGAGGAGCUACCCCGGUUCUCCAGCGGCAACUUCACAAAGGAGGAAGUUGGGGAGCCCCUGCUGACAACCUUGCUGGAGCCUGGGGACUUGCUCUACUUCCCCAGGGGAUUCAUACACCAGGCAUGCACGGGCGAGACCAGCCACUCGCUUCACCUGACCCUAUCCACCUGCCAGCGUAACACGUGGGGGGACCUGCUCGAAAAGGCCCUGCCCACGGCACUCCAGCUGGCGUUGGAAGAAGACGUGGACUUCCGCAGAUCACUCCCGAGAGACUACCCCAGCGUCAUGGGAGUGGCGAAUGCAGACUUGGCAAAUCCCCGGCGGGAGGCUUUCCUGGCGAAGAUGCGCGGCCUGUUCGAGCGCCUCUGGGACUUUCUGCCCGUGGACGCGGCGGCAGACCAGAUGGUCAAGGCACACCUGCAUGAGGCACUGCCUCCCCUCUUGUCCCAGCAGGAGCGCGAGUGCAGCGUCCACGGAGGAGAGCGCUGGCACGAGGGACGAGUCGUAGACGUGCAGGAACUGGAGCCGGACACGGCCGUGCGGCUGGUGCGACGCAACGCCGUGCGGUUGGUGGUGGAAGAAGACAGCGUCCGCCUCUACCACUCGUUGGACAACAGCCGCGUGUACCAGGAACGCGACCCCCAGUGGGUCGAACUGGACGCGGAGCGUGCCCCCGCGGUGGAAGCCCUCCUCCACGCCUACCCGGGCUACCUCCGCAUCCAAGAGCUGCCCCUGGAGGGCCCCACCGAGUGCAUGGAGCUGGCCUCCCUGCUGUACGACCGCGGACUGCUGCUGACGCGGGAGCCGCUCGAUCCCGUCGAUUACGACGACGACGACUAGGGCGUCCUCUCGUUCGUCGGUCAUGUGCACUGCAAGAGCCACCAGGGGUCGCUGACCGCGACGACUACUAUGGUCCGCUGCGGGUCAAGAAAACCAGGACAGGCACCUCCCACAAAGCCUCCACUGUUUUCACUUCAGCAGAGCGAAUGCUGCAAAGAAAAGUGGAGAGGAGGAAACAACCAAUCACGGUGACCAAGAAGCGUUAUGGGAGAGGUUUGUUCCGCUUUUCUUAACCCGCAACGGGCCAUUGUUGGUUGCAUGCACGGAGUUUGUCAGCCACCCAAUGACUACAACGACCCCUUUUUCGAUGGGUUUCUCAGUUCGUCGGCGACUGAAUUUUUUUUGCGGCGUGGCCCCGCUUGCGACUUGGACCCCUUCUUCUUCUCCAUGUCGAGCUUGGGUGCCUCGGUCCGAGUGUGCCAAACCAGGACCUGCGGGAAGGGUACCGCUCUGUAGCAUGCUCUCGAGGGGCAGAAUUAAACCAUGUACAAGUGAGACACGAAGGCGGUCACAGCUGGUGGGAAGGACUUGGAAGGAAACCCUCGUCAACGCCUCGGAAUGACAGCCGGCGUUUUGCCGUAACACUCAACUCGUGCAGCUUCCUCAGCUCUUUGAGCAAAACGUCGGCUGCCACUCUCAAAAGGAAGUUGUACACGAUUUCAGCGCACGCUAGCGUCAAAUUUAGUGCUUGCGUUAGCACACGCUACGUUAGAGUUUUAUAAUAGCGUUCCUCCGCCGCAACCGAAACGCCCAAGCAUCUCGCGCUUGCAAUGCGACCAAGAUACAGUAGCAAGUUUUAUUUCACGCACAAAAUGCUCUGUUUCUGGGUCGAGAGUAACAUUUUAGAUUUGUUUAGAUAUCAUGUCUGCUUGCGUCACCUUGGCGAGAGGGCUCUCAUGUACUGGCUUUUGCCAAAAAACGUCUGCGCGUCGCAAGCAGCAAGUUGCCGGCGAUCGUUGCCCACCUUGCUGGACCUUCCAAAUCGUUUGUUACAUGUGCCUCCUGUGGGAGCGCAAUGUCGUCCUGUAUGGAAAACCGCAGCCGCACGGAUGUCGCUGACGUUGCACUUACGGGAGCCGCUAUUUUCUAAAACUGCUCGUCUUGGCUUUAGCCAACUUCUCGUGAACCACGAAUCGGCCUUGGAGAAACGCACUCUUUGGUUAUGCACGCAAUUUCGGAAGCAUGGCGCACACAAAGUGGCAGCAAGCUAUUUUGGAACUCCCUAAGAACCCAAAAGGGGACAUCUUUGAAGCCCCUGAGUAACAGCUCAUGUUUUGCCAAGAUUCAGCUUCUGAAGCUGAAGCUGAGUCUUAGAGAGCUUCCGAGAGGUUCCUUUGCAAAACGUGGGCGUGCAGCAAACUACGAAGAGAUUAAAUGUGUUUCAUUUCUGUUGUUACGAAUACCUAAAUGUUUUAUUACACUGAAAACUGCUUUCCAAAAGUUUUGCGUGUCGUCGUCUUUGCUGAAAAUUUGCUCAUGAAGGGAAUCAAUGGAACAUGUCUACUGAAGACUUAUAAAACCUGUUGCUCCAAACUAACCUCAA